ACCCAACUUGCUGUAUGUGGUUGGUUUGUUUCGGUCCUACUGACCUCCCUGCAUUCUAUGUUUAUGGACAGUUUUGCAAGUUAAUGCUACACCGCUAACUGGCGUCAUCAAUGAUUCAUAACGUCAAGGUUUUACUAGCCUAGAUUAAGGUUUUUUUCUUCCCCCUGCUAUUAGCAAGUCAAGAUGAUGUGGCAAACCUUGUCAGUGUCACAAGUCUUGCUCUUUGGCGUUUUAAAAAUGUAAUUCCCUGGUUGUAAAACCUUCAAAGGGAUUGUAUGGGCAGCGUCAUGGAGCUGUUGUCUUGGCCCCCGGCCUAUAGGUCUGGUAGGACCCGUUUGGUGGUGGAAAGUCUAGUUUGGCAGACUUGCUCGUCAAGCCCUUUGGGCUCGUUUCAGAGCGUGAAGGAGGGGUGGGCCGUCUCUAAAGUGGGAUAGUGUCUCCAACCUCGUUUUGUCCAAGGAAUGACUCAGUAUUUAAAGGAGUGUAUCUGUAUUGGAAAGAAAAAGAGAUGGCUUAAAGAUUAACUCCCUUUUAAGACUAACAAUUUAGCUAUUUCUAUUUUGGGGCGCAGGGUAGUUUUGGUGUGGACUACAAAAAAUGUAUGCAGAGAAACAGACAAGCAGCCAUAGAGUUUGGGCGAGGAAGAGAGCGGGAAAGACAGCCAGGCACAGUGUGGGAAAGAGAGAGAUCAACAGAGAGCUGGUAUCCGCUUUUCCGACAGCAUCAUUUUAAUGAAGGUCCCGUCUGGUUAUCAUCUUAGUGCCAAUGGAAUUGAAACCUGCAGACAAUGCAAUCUUCAAGGCCUUGCGACUGCAAGUAUACACUCUUUUUCUCAUGCACACACACACACACACACACGGAACCAGAGCAACAGUGUGCAUGGUUGUUCCAGACUGAGCCAGUUUCCAGAUCUGUCACAGCUGUGUGCUGAUGAAUAAUUGAUGAAUGAAGGAGGUUCCAUUAGAACAGAUCCCGGGUCAGUCUCAGGGAACGUCACACCAGCCUGGCCUAUCUAUUAUAGAUGGCUGAGUUUGGUGACCGUGACAGAGGAGAGGCAGCUCAACAGCUGUGACUGGAGGACAAAUGGUGCUCUCCUUCUCUUUUCCUGGGAGUGCUGUUGGGAUCCAGACAAGAUGAAAGAGCUGAUGAUGGUUCCAUUUCAGUGAGUUUCCUGCCGUGCUUUUCACCAAAGUGUUUGUGUGAGCGAUUUGUACUCUCCCUGUCUGCCUGAUCGUCCCUUGUCGGAGCUCUACGGAGCAGGAAAUGAAGGAUCUCGCUGUAGCUAAUGGCAAUGGUUGCCAUGGUGCCCCCCCCCCCCCCCCCCACAGCCCCCACUCUGAGCCAUCCUCUACACCAAGAGGGAGGUAACUGAGCUAACUUCCUGUUUUAGUUUUGAUUCCUGACUCAGUGGACAGGCACUUCCUGUGUUGGGUAGCCAAGAGAGACGAGAUGGGAAGGGGGAGGUAGGAGGCCUCACAGAAGCCUGGGACUGCAUUCUGAUUGGGCCCUCAGAUGAGAGCAUAGGGAUUGCAAGAGAUCCGGUGUUGGCUGGGCGUAUUUCCGGGCGCAGCCACACAGAGGGUCCAGUGCGAGGGGCAGGCGUUGAGCCAGGGCUGGACGGGCAUGCAUCAUGACCUCGGUGGUGCUCGUCGACAGCGGAGGGGCGGUGGUGGAGUAUGUCACCGCAGUGGAAGACCCUCAACAGGAGGAGGGCCAGUGUGAAGUUGAGGUGGAGAUGGAGGGCGAGGCAGAGGGCGAGGUAGAGGGGGAGGCCUACGAGGAGGAGGUGGAAGCAGGGGCUGGAGAGGAGGAGGAGGUGGAAGGGGAGUACCAGGCAGUGAUUGUAGAGGAGGUUCCAGGCGCGGGGCUGGGGCAGGAGUUGGAGCAGUGCUUCUCAGCCCAGGUACUGGUGUACGAUGACGGGACUUACCUGAUGCAUGACGUGGGGGACGAGCAAGAGGUGGAGACUGAGACAGUGGAGACAGUGGAAGCGUCUGUCCAUGGCAGCAGCAUCCACUGCUCAGACAAGACCAUCGAGGCAGCAGAGGCCCUGCUGCAUAUGGACUCACCUUCCAGCCUGCGGGGGGACCGCAGUCCAGAUGUGUUUGUGCCGGCAUGCGUGGCCACACCGGACUUCCUGCACGCCGCCAUGCGGCCCGACGCCAUGACUGAGACCGUGGUGGAGGUGUCAACGGAGGACUGCGAGGAUGACUGCCCCAUGGAGGUCACCCUCAUCGAGGAGCCCGACCUGGAGCCGGAGCCUGACCACGAGCCUGUCAAGAGGAAGAAAGCCGGGCGGAAACCCAAGACUCACCAUGCAGCCAUACCCAACGGAUCACCUGACCUCGGCAUUAAGAAGAAACCCAGAGAGGGGAAAGCGGGCAGCACCACCUACCUGUGGGAGUUCCUGCUGGACUUGCUCCAGGACAAGAACACGUGUCCCAGGUACAUCAAGUGGACCCAGAGGGAGAAGGGCAUCUUCAAGCUGGUGGACUCCAAGGCUGUGUCCAAGCUGUGGGGGAAGCACAAGAACAAGCCUGACAUGAACUACGAGACCAUGGGCCGGGCGCUCAGAUACUACUACCAGAGAGGCAUCCUAGCCAAGGUCGAAGGUCAACGUCUGGUGUACCAGUUCAAGGAGAUGCCCAAGAACAUUGUGAUCAUCGACGAUGACAAGGCAGACUCCGAUGAUCUCAAUGGCCAGGAGUGUGCCUCUUACGAGAGGGUCCCGCCCCCGUCCGAAACGCUGCUCAGCGCCGUCGAGCUUUCCAAGACACCCAACAUCCUGCGGGGCGGGGCCAGGGCUGUGGUGCACUCCCCCGUCGUCAAGGGUAGCAAGGCGUCGCUGGUGGGGGGAGGGGCCUUGGCGGCGGGAGUCCAGCGGAUAAUGACGGUGUCUGCGGCGACAGACGGGAGCCAGACGCAACAUUCUCACACAACCAUCAUCCCCACUGCAGCCGGACCCAGGACGGUUCGGGUCGCCAUGCAGGUGCCGGUGGUCAUGACGACGUCGAUGGGCCAGAAAAUCUCCACAGUUGCUGUGCAGCAGGCUCAAGGGACUACGGUGGCGUCGGGCCACACCCUCCUCACCAACGCCUCGCAGACGGGCAACGCCAACACCCAGCAGAAGGUCAUGAUCCAGACCAUCCCCACCAUGGUCCCUGCCACGGCGGAGAAUGGAGACAAGAUCACCGUCCAGCUAGCCAAGAUCAUUACCAUCCCCGCCCACCAGCUGGCUCAGUGCCAGCUCCAGACCAAGUCUGGCUUCGGGGCUUCCUCCCAGGGCAUCAGUCUCCUGGGGGGCCCCCUCACUGUCCGUGCCCUGACCCCUGUCUCCAUGGCGCCCGGUACCCAGGUGAUGAGGCUGGCGGUGCCCGCCCAGCAGACGCAUCCACAUCAUCAUCAGCAGCUUCACCAUCAGCUGGUGGUGUCGCAGGCAGGCGGGACUCCGGUGGUUACCAUGACCACGGCCAAUCCCACGGUGGCGGUGGUGGCGCCCCGCAUUGUCAGCAGCAUCAUCAAGAGCAGGGAGGCGGUGGCAGGAGGGGGAGGGAGGACUGGGGCGGAGCAGGCAGCGGUCCAGGUGAUACCGGUCCUAUCCGGGCCCAACCAGACAGGGGCGGACAGAGUGAACCAGGACGCCACUGAGGUCACGCCACUCGUCACCCAAUCAGAAGCUGCAGGCGGGGAGGUCGGCACUGUCGUUAUCAAAUCUGAAGAGCCGGAAUGCUGAGAAAAACAGAGACUUGAGAGGGAUUGGUGGACGUACAUACACACACACACACACACACACCUAUCAAAGCCCACCCAACCACCCCUAUUUGCCUUAGGGGAGGGUGGGGGCACAGUACAAGUUGGCCCCACAUUUUUGUUGGUUCUUUUUAUUAUUGAAACUACUUUGAGACACUUUGAAAACUAAAGUUCCCAUCAUGCCUCCCUUCUUUCGGGCUUGUCCACCUCUGUUCUUCUCAGAUCUCCGGUUCCCAAAGUGGAACCCAUAGACAUAAAAAUCCGGCAAAUGACAUUUGAAGAGACUUGUGUAGACAAAGGGACCAACUGGGAUCACUACAUUUUAACGGUCUUUCCUUGGAACGAUAAAUCGGAAGGGAUACCGCAACACUACAACAGGCAAAUAAUUCAAAUGAACCAGAAUGUGAACUGGGGAGGGGAGGAAGAAGUUUGUUACACUUUGUAUAGAAACCUUCUUUAUUUUUUUGCCUGUGUGUUUCUCUUGCAUUGACAAAGUAAAACCAGCAAUUUGUUUGACUAUCACUGUGCAGAACUUGUAUGACAGUGCCAGGUGCUAUGUCGGUCUCCCCUACACUCAGUGUCACACCACUGCCACAUACCAAUGCGCUCGCACUCACACACACUCACCAGGGACUUUUGGAAAGAGCGCUUUUAGGCUCCUGGAAGGCAAGUAAAGAAAAAGGGACUUGAUGUGUAUAUAUCUACUAUACAGUUUACGAAUUUUAAAACAAGAGCAGCCUUAGUUUUGAUGACUUCUUGUUUGUUUAUAAGCUAAUCUAGCUUUAUUUUUUUUCUUUGCAUAAUUUUUCUGACGAACAAUACCUUGUACCAAGCACAGUAUUACUGACGAGUACAGAAUCACUUAUUUAGUUAAAGUUCUCUCAGUGUAGGUCAGGCUCUUAAGAGUUCCUUCCGGUUGUGGCAGAAUUCCUGGAGUUUCUCCUAGUGGAAUGUUAACUCUUCCUCACCUCCCUUAUCUGUAAUAACUGACCUGGGUACCCUGCACUGCCCUUUUAAACGCUUCACUUCUAGCUAUUUGAAAUCGACAGGUUGUUCGGCAGCAUGAGUUUAUAACCCCCCCCCGACAUGUCCACUGCAUUUUGCCUUUCCUAGUUAACCGAUUUCGAGGGAGAAAGAGAUGUUUGCGUUCAGACUGAACUAGUUUGUAUAUUCAACAUUUGAAGUAUAUUCUAUUUUGUUGUACUCUUGUUUCAAAGUGUAUUCAAGUAGAUUUUACUGAAAUAUAAAAUCAAAAAACAUUUGAAACCA